CGUCCGAUCUUGACCAGGUAGAUCGAGUUCAGGCUGACGUGUUUGCCUUCGUCCCUGCCUCUGAAGCGCUCUGCGAGUCUUUCUGCGCAAACCCGCAGCAUUUUCUUUGCUUUGUCGUCGCAUCUGAUAUCUGGUACACCUAACCUAGCCAUGUCAGCCAUGGAGGAGCUGGGCGCUCUGCUGCAAUCGCUGCAGACCCUGAAGCCGCCCGGUGUUACCAAAACAAAAAUUGAAGCCAUCACCGCGGUUUGCGUCCAGAACGUUCAGUCCGAUUCCACCGUCGUCCAGAAUAUCGUCCACCAGUUCAAGAACAGCCCCGCUACACAUAAGCUGGGUGUACUUUAUGUUAUAGACUCGGUGACUAGACAGUGGGUGGAGAAGGCUAAAAUAGCUGGCCAAGCCGUCUCCAGAAAUGCUGCUCCAGGAACUUUUGCUUCGGGCGUGCAGAACGUAACGGAUGCACUCCCCGCUCUUAUGAACGAUCUUGUCCAGUGUGCCCCCCGCAAUCAGAAAGAGAAGAUCUCGAAAUUACUGGACAUCUGGGAGCGUGGACAAACAUUUCCGCUAAACAUGCUCGUCGGCUUCAAGCAGCAGCUAAACAGCCCUGCUAAGAAUGGUCAUACCCCUCCCGGUAGCCCUCCAAAGGGCCAUACCAUCGCUGGUGUUCCAGCUUCCGGACCUUAUGCAACUGCCCAAACUGGUCUUUCAGCGCCAUCUGCGGUAGACCCGGGUUCUAUUCUCGCUUCGCUUGCGAAUUUCGGGCAGCAAAACCCCUCCAGUGUCGGUCUAACUAACUCUGCACCUGCAGCCCCACCUGCAAUGCCGUUCCUUCAGAAUAUAGCUCCACCCCCGCCAGGAUUCGUGCCACCUCUUCCAUUGGCGACAAAUGGACAACCUGCACUUCCUCCCCUUCCAAUGGGUGGUAAUGACUUGAUGAAUCAGAUUCUUCACGCUAUAGCGAGUGGCAUGAUUCCGCCUGAUCAAGCAGUGCACGUAUUGGCUGCUCUGACGACGAACCAAUCAAGCGGCCCCCCUCUCAUCCCACCUUCCUCACAGCCGCCAGCCGCAGGCAUCGCGCCGCCGGUUGCUCCCAACAGUGCCCAAUCUAAUCGAUUUGAACAGGAUGGUAGUAGGUAUCGCGACCGUAGCCGCUCACCUGACUAUAAUCGUCGUCGCAACUCUCCCCGUAGAUCACCGCCACAUCGUCGCAAUAGUCCAACAUAUGAUGCAUACGAUCCGGCUACCCGGAAUGAAGCCAACACUUCACAUCGCAGUGAGCGUAGCAGAGGCCGUGGUAGGCAUCGAAGCCGUAAUGAGUUUCGCCAGCGUACGCCUCCACCACCACCACCACCACCACAGCGAAGACAGUCUAGUCCAGGCGUGACUGCUGCUCGUCACGGGCAGCCAAAGUUCCUAGAAUGGGAUAGAACCUUGCCCCGUGAUAACAUUCGAGUUCUCAGCCGCACCUUGUUCGUAGGUGGUGCCGGCGGAACAGAAGGUGAGAUACGAAGCAUCUUCAGUCGAUUUGGAAAAGUUCAGACGUGUAUUGUCAACCAAGACAAACGCAUUGCGUUUGUGAAGAUGGUCAACCGUGUCGACGCUGUUUCUGCCAAAGAGGGUAUGGAUAAGAUGCAAGACCAAGACGCCUUGGCAAAGGCUCGCCAGACACGCUGGGGUGUAGGCUUUGGUCCUCGAGAUUGUAGUGACUACGAUAGUGGUGUUAGCGUGAUCCCAAUUAGUCGACUGACGGAUGCCGACCGCAAAUGGGUCUUGACAGCAGAGUUCGGCGGAACUGGUGGCCGAGCUCUUGAGGGAGGAAUGGUCAUUGAAGAGCCUGAUAUCGAGAUUGGCGCAGGGGUCUCAUCUAAAGCUAUUAGCCGUCGUGUCCCACCAGAUGGAGGACGACGCGGAGGACAUGGGUUUGGUUCUCGAGGUGGUGGUUUCGACAAUGGUCCACGCUUCCGUAAGGACAACCGUCCACCAAUCCAACAAUCCCGUCAUAUCACACCACGUGCCGAGGUUACCGUAGCUGUUCCGCCAGCUGUCCCUGGCUUUGGCUUCCAACUACCAGGGAUGUCUGGAUUUUAAAUGACUUCGAGCUAACCCGACGAGCUCCCGAUACAGAGUAGAGGUAGUCUUUGUAUACAUGAGACCCUACUCGCGCUGUAGACUUUUUUUUUUUUUUCCCUCUCAGAUCACCGGUUUGUUAACUCGCAGUUGCGAGACCACUCCAAUUUGCGGGUCCCAGCCCCUACGAUCA